GCGGUGCGCCAGAAGGCUGGGGAGGCAGAAGCGCUGGGACUCUUGAGCGGCGUUCCAGCAUUCCCCACCGCCCCAGCCCCUCACCUUAGAGAAGAGCAAGAGAACUUUCUUUGAACUGCGAAUAUUUUUGGUAAAGGGAUAGUCUCCCAGGCUUUGACUUCCCGCCUCUUGAUUGCGGGUUUGAUCCCGCGCUGCUUUCCUUCUACCGAACAUCCUGGGGCGCAGCCGGAGUCCUUUAGCGCUCCAGAGUCUGGAACGGAGGCUGUCCUGGCCUCCCGAGUGUGCAGCGGCCGUCGGCCCCGUCUCCUCGCAGCCCCCACCCCGCCGCGCCUCCGUGCGCUUGUGGGGCGGUGGGUGGCCCGGCUGUAGCUGACGGCGCUCCGGGAGCACGCGGUAUGCAAUCACUCAACAUUACGCGCGAGCAGUUUUCCCGGCUACUGCGGGACCACAACUUGACCCGCGAGCAGUUCAUCGCGCGGUAUGGGCUGCGGCCCCUGGUCUACACCCCGGAGCUGCCCGGGCGCGCCAAGCUGGCCUUAGUGCUCACCGGAGUGCUCAUCUUUGCUCUAGCACUCUUUGGCAAUUCACUGGUGGUCUACGUAGUGACCCGCAGCAAAGCCAUGCGCACGGUCACCAACAUCUUUAUCUGCUCCUUGGCGCUCAGCGACCUGCUCAUCGCCUUCUUCUGCAUCCCGGUCACCAUGGUCCAGAACAUCUCUGACACCUGGCGGGGGGGUGCCUUCGUUUGCAAGAUGCUGCCAUUUGUCCAGUCCACUGCUAUCAUGACAGAGAUUCUCACCAUGACCUGCAUUGCUGUGGAAAGGCACCAGGGACUUGUGCAUCCUUUUAAAAUGAAGUGGCAGUACACCAACAGAAGGGCUUUCACCAUGCUAGGUGUGGUCUGGCUGGUGGCAGUCAUCGUUGGAUCGCCCAUGUGGCAUGUGCAACGUCUUGAGAUUAAGUACGACUUCUUAUAUGAAAAAGAACAUGUCUGCUGUUUGGAAGAGUGGGCCAGCCCUGCACACCAGAAAAUCUAUUCCACCUUCAUCCUUGUCAUCCUCUUCCUCCUGCCUCUUUUGCUGAUGCUUAUCCUGUAUAGUAAAAUCGGCUAUGAACUUUGGAUAAAGAAAAGAGUGGGGGAUUGCUCAGUGCUUCGAACUAUUCAUGGAAAAGAAAUGUCAAAAAUAACCAGGAAGAAGAAGCGAGCUGUCAUUAUGAUGGUGACAGUGGUGGCUCUCUUUGCCGUGUGCUGGGCACCUUUCCACAUCGUUCACAUGAUGAUUGAAUACAGUAAUUUUGAAAAGGAAUAUGACGAUGUUACAAUCAAGAUGAUUUUUGCCAUAGUGCAGAUAAUUGGAUUUUCCAAUUCCAUCUGUAAUCCCAUUGUUUAUGCAUUUCUGAACGAAAACUUCAAAAAAAAUUUUUUAUCUGCAGUUUGUUAUUGCAUAGUGAAAGAAACCUUAUCUCCAGCACGAAGGCACAGAAAUUCAGGAAUUACAAUGAUGCAGAAGAAAGCAAUGUUGUUCCGGAGACAGAAUCCUGUGGAGGAGACCAAAGGAGAAGCAUUCAGUGAUGGCAACAUUGAAGUCAAAUUGUGUGAACAACCAAAGGAGAAAAAAUAUCUCAAAUGACAUCUUACCCUGUUCAACUCUGAACUUUCUGAGAAUUCUGCUUUAGGCAGCAGACACUAAUUAUAACAAGGCCUUCAUAAUUAGUACCAUUAAUAGCUUAAUCAGAAGAGAACAUUUUUAUUUUUAAUUAACACAUAAUGUAUUAUUUGCUUUAGGGGUACCUGUCUGUGAAUCUUGAGUCUUACACAAUUCACAGCAGUCACCUUAGCACAUACCCUUCCCAAUGUUCAUAACCUAACCACCCUAACUCUCCCCCGCCACCCCUCCCCUUCAGUUUGUUUCCUAAGUUUAAGAGUCUCUUAUGGUUAAUUGGCCACACUAAUCCAAAAGAAACGAGAGAAAUCCCAAAUUCAUGAAAAGGGAGAGAUCACAACUAACACCACAGAAGUAGAAACAAUCAUCAGAAGUUAUUAUCAACGGUUAUAUGCCAAAAAGCUAAGCAACCUAGAUGAAAUGGAUGCAUUCCUGGAAAACUAUAAACUCCCAAAAUUGAACCAGGAAGAAAUUGACAACCUGAAUAGACCAAUAUCUAGAAACGAGAUUGAAGCAGUGAUCAAAAACCUCCAAAAAAACAAGAGACCAGGACCUGAUGGAUUCCCUGGGGAAUUCUACCAAACUUUCAAAGAAGAAAUAACACCUAUUCUCCUGAAACUGUUUCAAAAAAUUGAAGCAGAAGGAAAAUUUCCAGACUCUUUCUAUGAAGCCAGCAUUACCUUGAUCCCCAAACCAGGCAAAGACCCUACCAAAAAGGAGAAUUUCAGACCAAUAUCACUGAUGAAUAUGGAUGCUAAGAUUCUCAACAAGAUCCUAGCAAACAGGUUCCAACAGCACAUUAAAAAGAUUAUCCACCAUGACCAAGUGGGAUUCAUUCCUGGGCAACAAGGAUGGUUCAACAUUCACAAAUCAAUCAGUGUGAUAGAACAAAUUAAUAAGAGAAGAGAGAAGAACCACAUGGUCCUUCCUCUCAAUUGAUGCAGAAAAAGUGUUUGACAAAAUACAGCAUCCAUUCCUGAUUAAAAUGCUUCAAAGUAUAGGGAUAGAGGGAACAUUCCUGAACUUCAUAAAAUCUAUCUAUGAAAGACCCACAGCAAAUAUCAUCCUCAAUGGGAAAAAGCUUGUGUCCUUCCUGUUGAGAUCAGGAACACGACAAGGAUGCCCACUCCCACCACUCUUGUUCAACAUAGUAUUAGAAGUCCUAGCAACAGCAAUCAGACAACAAAGGGAAAUAAAAGGUAUCCAAAAUGGCAAUGAAGAAGUCAAACUGUCUCUCUUCACAGAUGACAUGAUUCUUUAUAUGGAAAACCCAAAAGACUCCACCCCCAAACUACUAGAACUCAUACAACAAUUGAGCAACGUGGCAGGAUACAAAGUCAAUGUACAGAAAUCAGUGGCUUUCUUAUACACUAACAAUGAAAAUACAGAAAGGGAAAUUAGAGAAUCGAUUUCAUUUACUAUAGCACCAAGAACCAUAAGAUACCUGGGAAUAAACCUAACCAAAGAGGUAAAGGAUCUGUACUCAAGGAACUACAGAACACUGAUGAAAGAAAUUGAAGAAGACACAAAAAGAUGGUGUUCUUGUAUCAGAAGAAUAAACAUUGUUAAAAUGUCUAUACUGCCUAGAGCAAUCUAUACUUUUAAUAAUGCCAUUCUGAUCAAAAUUCCACCAUUAUUUUUCAAAGAGCUGGAGCAAAUAAUCCUAAAAUUUGUAUGGAAUCAGAAGAGACCCUGAAUUGCUAAGGAAAUGUUGAAAAUCAAAAAUAAAACUGGGGACAUCACGUUACCUGAUUUCAAGCUUUACUACAAAGCUGUGAUCACCAAGACAGCAUGGUACUGGCAUAAAAACAGACACAUAGACCAGUGGAACAGAGUAGAGUCCAUAUCUGGACCCUCAACUCUAUGGUCAAAUAAUCUUCGACAAAACAGGAAAAAAUAUACAGUGGAAAAAAGUCUCUUCAAUAAAUGGUGCUGGGAAAACUGGACAGCUAUAUGUAGAAGAAUGAAACUCGACCAUUCUCUUACACCGUACACAAAGAUAAACUCGAAAUGGAUAAAAGACCUCAAUGUGAGACAGGAAUCCAUCAGAACCCUAGAGGAGAAUAUAGGCAGUAAUCUCCGAUAUCAGCCACAGCAACUUCUUUCAAGAUAGGUCUCCAAAGGCAAAGGAAACAAAAGCGAAGAUGAACUUUUGGGACUUCAUCAAGAUCAAAAGCUUCUGCACAGUAAAGGAAACAGUCAACAAAACAAAGAGGCGACCCACGGAAUGGGAGAAGAUAUUCGCAAAUGACAGUACAGACAAAAGGUUGAUAUCCAGGAUCUAUAAAGAACUCCUCAAACUCAACACACACAAAACAGACAAUCAUAUCAAAAAAUGGGCAGAAGAUAUGAACAGACACUUCUCCAAUGAAGACAUACAAAUGGCUAUCAGACACAUCUGAUUUAUCCAUUUAUAUGGAUAUAUAUAUAUAUACACACACCACAUCUUCUUUAUCCAUUUAUCUGUUGAUGGACAUUUAGGCUCUUUCCAUAGUUUGGCUAUGGUGUGUAUAUAUAUAUAUAUAUAUAUAUAUAUAUAUAUAUAUAUAUGUGUGUGUGUGUGUGUGUGUGUGUGUAUAUAUAUAUAUAUAUAUAUAUAUAUAUAUAUAUAUAUAUACCACAUCUUCUUUAUCCAUUUAUCUGUUGAUGGACAUUUAGGCUCUUUCCAUAGUUUGGCUAUUGUGGAUAUUGUUGCUAUAAACAUUUGGGUGCACGUGCCCCCUUCAGAUCACUACAUUUGUAUCUUUGGGGUAAAUACCCAGAAGUGUGAUUGCUGGGUUGUAGGGUAACUCUAUUUUCAACUUUUUGAGGAAACUGCAUACUGUUUUCCAGAGUGACUGCACCAGCUUGCAUUCUUACCAGCAGUGUAGGAGGAUUCCCCCUUAGAAGAGAAUAUUAUUUUGAGCGAAUGUUGAAGAUUUUUUUUAUUCUUGGAAUGAUAAAAAGAAGUAAAUCAUUUUUUCAUAAAAAUAUGACAGAGAUGAAAGCACAGUUUUGAAAAAUUAGUAAACUAUCCUUCUAGAUCAUGGAUUUAAGAAAAAAAUUGUACAGAAAUUAAUGUUCUUGGGUAGUAGUAUUUCCCCCAAUGCAAUCCAUGUAAUAUGACUUUUUUUUAAAAAAAUGAUUUAUUUAUUUUAGAGAGAGAGGUGGAGUGGGGUGCAGAGGGAGAGAAUCUCAAGUGGACUCUCCAUUGGGUGAGGAGCCCAGUGGGGAACUCCAUCUUAGGACCCAUGAGAUCAUGACCUGAGACAAAAGCAAAAGUCGGGUGCUUAACCAUCUAAGUCACCCAGGCACCCUUGUAAUGUGACUUUCUAUGUAUUGCUAAAUUAGAUGAGAAAAUAAUUUUUAGAAUUUAGAAAUAAAUUUAGAAUUUAGAAAUAAAUUUCUAAAUUUAGAAAUUACUCCUUCUUUCUUAAGUUAAUAGUUGAAUACAGUAAUGUAAUUUUCAGUGUACUGUUGGAGUUUGGUAAUACAGUCUUUUACAAAUGACUUCUGUUCAAUAAUCAUAAAGUCAGAGAAGACGAAGAAGCUGCAAAAUGACAGAAGAAUGAAAUUAAGAGGCAGAUGCCCAGGUUUGAGCUACUCACAGGCCUAUCAGCUACCAUAGCCUUGAUGACCUGUAAGCCACUGAACCACUUUAAGCCUCUGUAUUUUCCCUUGUAACCUGGGAUGGUGCCUCUUCUGCCUUGCAGGACCACUGCCAGUGCUUUGUAUUCUAAAGCAACCUCAAGUUCUGAAGCAUGUUCCAGGCCUCCCCAUUCUGUUCCCUUUUGCUUCUCGAGAAUGGCCCUCAACCCUGUCAAGCUUUCCACCUCUUCCUGGUUGGUAGCUGGAUUCCCUCAUCAAAAAAAAAAAAGGAGAUUUCUGUGAUCCUCAUGUAUAGGUUGACUGUAAUAUACAUAAGCUAAUCUAUCUCAACUAUUUCUAUUUUUAAACCCCUUAUUUUACCAGAGGGAUGAAAGACUGAUUGUUAUGUAAAAGGACCUAUAGAUGUGGUUAGUAGAUGAAAGAAAAUCAGCUCCAAGACCACGAGAUUUUAACUGUGCCUGAGACUGACCCUCAGGAGAGCAAGGCCAGGAAGAACAACAGAGUUCCCCAUCCGUAUCUCUGAACUAAAUCUCACUUCAACUUAACCCCUUUUCUUUCUAGUCUUCUCUUAUUACCUUCAAAUGUCAUGGAACUGGUGACCACAUCCCAGGGCCUAUCACUUUCCCUUUAACAUCUGAGAUUCCCAAAGUCCUUUCAGAGCCUCUUGGGUCAAGUGUUUCUUCUGCCUCCAGUUUUCUAGCAAUUACUCCUUCUGUCAGGAAGGACAGAAAGGAAGAGAAGCUCAAGAAUUCUCAGGGUAUAUUACUUGUGAAGCUUUAAGGUUUGGAAACCAGAGAAAUCAGGCCAUAGGGAUAUUUCAAAAUAUAGACAUUUAACUUUAUAGGUGUGUCACUGUAAGGAUGAAUAAAGAAACAAAAAUGAAGCACUGCAUGGUAUUAAGAAAAAAUGGCAAUAUGACACAAAAUUAACAAGGUCAAGAGAAGAAAACUGAUGAUUUGGUUUGGGCUAAAAUAGACUUAUGGGUUAUGUGUGUGCACCUCCUGUUAUGACUAGCUACCCUGUGGCAAAACAAGAAUUGUCACCAAAUCAUUAAGCCAUUAAAUAUAAAUCAGAUUCUCUGAUUUUGUAUAUUCUUAUUUAAUCAGUAAAUAUCCAUCAGACUCUUCCUAAAUUUGAUGUACACAUAUUCUUAAUAUAACUUAAUGAUGAAUGGAUAAAUCGACAGUGUUAUUAAACAUUUAACUAUGAAGAUUAGAGAUUUUUUUAAAUUCCUAAACAUUGCAGAGCUUGAUCUAAAAACAUUUAGGUAUUAAAUUAUAAUUUAAAUAAUUACUCUAAAAUGUCCAGAUAUUCUAUGAAAGACUCCGCCCCCACAUUGAAUUAAUGCUAUUCUAGAAACAAAAAUAGAAUACUUUUUAAAAAAUUGUCCUAUAAACAUGCAAUCUUUUUUCUCUGUUUUAAAGGUUUCGAAGAGAAAAUUGGUUUAAUUCAUUAUUGAGAAACUGUUACAAUUUGUCAAAGCAGCUCUCAGUCCAGUCUGGGCACUGAGUCCUGACUAAGCUGUAACACAGCUGACAAGCCCACAGAGAGUUCACCUUGGAUUUGCAAAAUCCAAGUGUUCCUUUUGCUUUCCUCUGACUUUGCAGCCCUCUUAGUCUCUUAGGCCCUUUGUCCUCCACCCAGGCACUUGUUUUUCCCCCUGUUUUUUUUUCCUUUGCCUUGGGCUGUCACUCAUUUUAUUCCAUAUGAUUUCCCCUUAACUUGUGUUUAAGUGAGAAUUGAAAAGGUGUUUUUUGGAUCUGGGAGGCAGGGAUGUGGGGGGGUCCAGAAAGCUAGGCAUUAAAACCAUUCAUUAGCAUUUGGUAAAAUGUCUAUGAAGUCCAUGAAAAGAUUUGCAUUACUGUUCAGGCCUCUAAGCCUUUUAUUUCAUUAUGGAUCGUUAUACCAAAAAGAGCUGUGUCUUUUCUUCUUCUCUACCAAAACAAAAACAAAAGUAAAAAAAAAAAAAAAAUCACCUCUUUUAUCGUAGUUGCUAUGGAUCAGGACAUCAGCAUUCUACAUGCUAGUUUGACUAAAGACUAAUUUCUAAGCCCAAAUAUGUUUUAAAAAGAAGAAUGGAGUUGCAGGGCCCAUGCUACCUUGUUUGAAGACCUAUUAUAAAUUACAAUAAUCAAAAGAGGGUGGCAUUGGCUUAACGAUAAACAUAUAAACAAUUGCAAAAGAACAGAUACCAGAAGUGGAUGUGCAUAGAUAUGGACAACUUAUUUUGACCAAAGCGGCAAUAUUAAUGCAAUAGACCUUCAAAUGUUGAAACAGACCCACCCAUGAAAAAGUGUAGACUGCCUACACUCUUUUUCUUAGAUGUUGCUCUCAUUCACUUAUUUAAUAAUAUUUUUGGAGUUCCUGCUAUGUGUCAGAACUAGACACCCUAUUUCCAUUUCAAAAUCAAGAAAAUCUUUUCUAUUCUGAACCACAUGAGGCUAAACAGUGUUGGCUGGCAAACAAGAGAACAGCGGGAAUAAAGUCAUAAAAUCAAGUGAAUCUAUAUACUUAAAAUCAUGCAUAGCUUUACGGGCUUCUAUCUCAGGCCCUUGGCCCUCUUUUUCACUCAGAUUUUUAGUUUUCUAGAACUGAGAUUAUGAUUCAUAUAUGAAAGUAAAAAAUCAGAAAGAAACAAGAUAAAAGGACAUAAAAAUAUUCCAAUUUGUAUAUUUAGAAUCCUGAGAAGACAGGACUUAGUGAAAUACUGUGCCAAUUCCACUGGUUUCUGGUCACCAUGUCAGAUUCCUGGGCUGUUUCUAUGUUUACAAAACUGUGUUAACUCAGGAAAACCUAGAUAUGAAGAAACCAUUUUUAAAAUUUAAUUUAAUUUUUUAUUUUUUUUAGAGUGAGCGAGAGAGAGAAUGUGAACACAGGCUAUGGGGAGUGGCAGAGUGAGAGGGAGAAAGAGAAUCUCAAGCAGGCUCCAUGCUGAGCCUACAAGGCUCAAUCUCAUGAUCCUGAAAUCAUGAUGUGAGCCAAAAUCAAGACUCAGAUGCUUAACUGAUUGAGCCAGGUAUCCUGAUACCAUUUCUAAAAGGAAUCUUUGAUGAGCUGGCAAAGGCAGUUUUUAAAAAAGGAGAUUUCAAUGAAAAAGAGCAUCUGGGAAACCUAUAAUUAUAGCUCCUCUUUAUAGGAAGUACACAGUUUGAGUGUCAGUUUUUCUCUAGGCUCCACAGCCUGAAUGGGUUCAAAAAUAAUUAAAGAAUUUUUUAUGUAAGAUAGCAGAUUGUGUAAACAUAUUUAUUUUCCCUACUGAAAUCCUACCAGAAUGAUAACAAAAGAGUAAUAAAAUGUAUAAACCCACAGCAUUGAUGAAAAACAGAGGGUAGUCACCGUUGAUGAGAAUUUUCAAUAAAUUUCUUGAAAACAAAAAUUAGAUGUUGAUUAUGAACAUCAUAAUCAUGAAGAAAAACAGAGGAAGUUAUAGGUUAGGAUAUACCCAGAGAAGAUCAAAACAAGAAGAGGAAAAUAUUCUCUUUAGCUGAAUCCUGAAGAGACUUGGGAUAUUUUAGAUGGUAUCUUAGAAGGAGAGUGAGAGAAAAAAAAUAGGUAAAAGGGGGAGGAAUACCUUGAUGAUUUGUCUACAUCCAUCCCAUUAUUCAUCAUGUACAAAAUGGCCAUAACAAAAGCGUUUACUUUUCAGUACUUAACACUUCCUCCCUGACCCACAAACACACAGGUUUCCUUUUGAAUGAUUUUGGAGAACUACAGCAGUUGGUAUGACCAUUGGCAGAAGCCACAGGGUUCUGGAAUACCAGAGGGUCUUAGUGUAAUGAAUCCACACCCCAAUCACCCUAAUCAAAGCCAGCCACUUGCCACCAUCAUCCAGUGUUCACGGAGCUCUUGGCCAGUUCUCAUUUCUGCCUCCUUAAAGGGUUGUUGAACAUUUUAGAACACUCUGAAAAAUGAAGGAAUGAGACUAUGAUAUAGAUAGAAUACUAACUCUAGAAUAAGCAAAUAAUUCAAGGUAACAAAAGAAAAUCUAGAAAUGAAUUUAAUUAGUGCUAUUCUCACAGAAAUGUAAGGAGAUACCAUCUUUAUAAAACCAUCAAUAAAGCAUGCUACAAAUGGAAAAAAUUGGAUUAAUAAAACUCUAAAAAUUUAAAGAUAGACUGCUAAAUUUUAAAAUAGAUAAUUUACUCAUCUUUAUUCCCCAUACACUUAAGAGGAGCCCAGAAAAUUUCCUUCACAUGUGUUUCCUAGAUUAUAUUUGUAUGGCAAACCACUUGAGGCUAUGUCUCAUUCAAGGUGUUGUCUAGAGACAGAUGGUACAUUCAAAUGGAGUAAUUCGAGGUGGCAUUAAUAAAAGGACAAUUUACAAAGGAGUGAGCAGGGUGCAGAAAAACAGAAGGGUUGGUGCAGUACCAGCUGCCAAUUAUAGCAAGGCAGUGUUCCCAUCCCUAGGCCUGAAGGGCAGACAAAAAGAUUGGGGAAGAUGAGCAGGAGGAAGAAGAGGAAGAACAGGAAGGGAAAAAGAAGAAACUGAGAGACAGUGAAAGAUUUGUGUGUAGGGAGCCAUCUAUUGAAGCUGUAACCGUGGGUGGAAGAGUGAGCCAGCCCAUGCUUCUAACCAGGCACCCAAAAAUUGGUGUUUGUUUGAAGGCAGGUUAGUGAGAAUAUGUGUUUAUAAAAGAGGACUACAUGGGACAUUCUUUGCAGGAAAUGUGGCUGAAAGUGAUGGAAUGUGAGCUUUCAAGGCAUAUCAAAUGCAGGUGCCUCAUGGCAGGUGCCAUGGACACAAAUGCACCAACUGGACUCAUGCUCCCUCUAAUCUGCAAGGGGUCUCCAUUCCCCAAAACAGUCAAGAUGCAAAGGAUCCCCCUUGAUCCGGGCAUGGAGGAAAAUGAUGCAGGUAGGUGAUUCUGGGUGGACAAACAGAAAAUAUCCAGUACUUGAAUGUCUGAACAUCUUCAGUAACAUGUUCAUACUUAAAUGGUGGUUAGGUAGAUAUAAAAGUCCAAGUUCUCAGUUCAUUUCUUGCACUACAUCUAAAUCUGUGAUGUUUGUUUGAUUUCAGUGAGGCUGCUUAGAAUUCUGAUGUUGGUUUGAGAUAUCUUCUUUCUCUUUGGCAUUUCUUAAAAUUUGCUCUUUGACUUAGAUCCUGUAAAAUUUAUCACCAUGUAUUUAGAUGUGUUUUUUUUUCCCCCCCUUUGGGACUCUUUGAGUACUUUCAGUCUGAGGUUUUGCAUCUUUAUUUCUGGAAAGCUCUAGUUAUUAUUUCUUCAAAUAUUUCCUUCCCUCCCUUUAUUUUUGUUUUUGUUUUUUUUUCUAUUCCAGAAUUUCUAUUCUAUGGAUUUGACACUGCUACUUCCACUGUCUGUUUCACUUAAUUUUUCAUUAAUGAUUUUUUUCAUUUUUUUAAAACUUCCUUGAUGUCUUCUGGGAGAGUUUCUUAAUUUAAUAUUCUUGCUCAAUAACUUUUUCUUUUUCUCUCUCUACUCUGCCUUUUGAUCUUGUCUUAUGAUAUUUUUAUUUCAAUUUUAUAUUUUUCAUACACAGCAUAUCCGCUUGAUUUUUCAUUGUAACUGUUUCUUUUCAUAGCACCAGAAACCUCCUUAAGAUUAAUACAAUUUUUUAACGAAAGUAUAGGUGAGCUCUGUAACAUUUUGUGAAGAAUAUUUAUUAUGCUAUUUUUUAAACAUUUUUAUUUAUUUAUUUAUUUAUUUAUUUAUUUAUUUUUGAGAGGGAGAGAGAGAGAACAUGUGUGAGUAGGGGGAGGGAGGGGCAGAGGGAGAAAGAGAGAGAAUCUCAAGCAGACUUAAUGCUGAGCACUGAGCACAGAGCCUGAUGUGGGGCUUACUCUCAUGACCUUGAGGUCAUGACCUGAGCUGAAAUCAAGAGUGAGAUGCUCAACUGACUGAGCCACCCAGGUGUCCCUGUUAUGUUUAUUUUAAAUUCUUGAUAUCCUCAUUCCAUUUAUUUUGCAUGGCUACAUAGAUUGUUUAUUCUACCCUCAUCCUUUAAUAGUAGCUGUGUUUUUCAGAUAUUUCCAUAAUUUAUUCUGUGUGUUCUUAUUCCCUCUUAAAGUGUUAGAGAUCUUGGCUAGUAAUAUGCAGGAAGCCUGAAAGGGGCUGCAUCCAUGUGCUACCCUCCUUGUGAGUUUACAGAAAGAGAGGAUGUCCCUGAAGGGACAGAGUUACUAGCACCGUGAUUCAGACUAUUCUGUCCUUGUUUACUCCUCUCCCCCUCAGGUAACCUUGGCCUUCAUCCCAAUGUCAAUUGAAUUCCUUUUUCCAAAAGGAUGAAGCCAUCACAUUUUUAUUCUGUUUAUCAAUCCAUCCAAUAUAUAUUUAUUGAGUGACUUCUAUAUGCCAAACCUACAUUUACAAGAUAGCUCUACUCAUUAGUUAUUAGUCCAUAGAAUGGGCUUUGAACAAAACUGACUUAUCAUCUUGAAAACAAGCAGACACACAUAACAUUACUAAUUAGUCAUUUUCAAAACUUUCGAGAAGAUGAUAAAGCAAGAAUUUAUAAAAUGUGCAAAAUCUUACAUACUUAUGCUUGUUAAAUAAUUGUUUAUACUUUAAAAUGCAGCCUUAUUUUUUAUUAAUUACUUCUAUUAACAUAUAAUGUAUUAUUUGCCUCAGGGGUACAGGUCUGUGAAUCCUCACAAUUAAGCACUUCAUAGCACUCACCGUAUCACACACCCUCCCCAAUGUCCAUGUCCUAACCACCCUCUCCACAUCCCCCGACCCCCAGCAACCCUCAUUUUUUUUUAUGAGAUUAAGAGUCUCUUAUGGUUUGUCUCCCUCCCAAUCCCAUCUUGUUUCAUUUGUUCUUUUCCUACACCCUAACUCCCCCAUGUUGCAUCUCAACUUCUUCAUAUCAGGGAGAUCAUAUGAUAGUUAUCUUUCUCUGAUUGACUUAUUUCGCUAAGCAUAAUACCCUCUAGUUCCAUCCAUGUCAUCACAAAUGGCAAGAUUUCAUUUCUUUUGAUGGCUGCAUAGUAUUCCAUUGUAUAUAUAUACCACAUCUUCUUUAUCCAUUCAUCUGUUGAUGGACAUCUAGGUUCUUCCCAUAGUUUGACUAUUGUGGACAUUGCUGCUAUAAACUUUCGGGUGCAUGUGCCCCUUCAGAUGAUUACAUUUGUAUCUUUAGGGUAAAUACCCAGUAGUGUAAUUGCUGGGUCAUAGGGUAGCUCUAUUUUCAACUUUUUGAGGGACCUCCACUGGUGGCUGCACCAGUUUGCAUUCUUACAACAGUGUAUGAGUGUUCCCCUUCCUCUGCAUCCUCUGCAACAUCUAUAGUUUCCUGACUUGUUAAUUUUAGCCAUUCUGACUGGUGUGAGGUGGUAUCUCAUUGUGGUUUUAAUUUGUAUUUCUCUGAUGCCAAGUGAUGUGUAAUGCUUUUUCAUGUAUCUGUUGGCCAUCUGGAUGUCUUCUUUGCAGAAAUGUCUGUUCAUGUUCUCUGCCCAUUUCUUGAUUGGAUUAUUUGUUCUUUGGGUGUUGAGUUUGAUAAGUUCCUUAUAGAUUUUGGAUAUUAGCCCUUUAUCUGAUAUGUCAUUUGUGAAUAUCUUCUCCCAUUCUUUCAGUUGUCUUUUGGUUAUGUUAACUGUUUCCUUUGCUGUGCAAAAGCUUUUGAUAUUGAUGAAGUCCCAAUAGAUCAUUUUUGCCCUUGUUUCCCUUGCCUUGGUGAUGUUUCUAGGAAAAAGUUGUGGCAGCUGAGGUCAAAGAGGAUGCUGCCUGUGUUCUCCUCAAGGAUUUUGAUGGAUUCCUGUCUCACAUUGAGGUCUUCAUGCAUUUUAAGUCCAUUUUUGUAUGUAGUAUAAGGAAAUGGUCCAGCUUCAUUUUUCUUCAUGUGGCUGUCCAAUUUUCCCAACGCCCUUUGUUGAAGAGAUUGUCUUUUUUCCAUUGGACAUUCUUUCCUGCUUUGUCAAAGAUUAGUUAACCAUAGAGUCGAGGUCUAUUUCUGGGCUCUCUAUUCUGUUCCAUUGAACUACGUGUCUGUUUUUGUGCUAGUACCAUACCAUCUUGAUGAUCACAGCUUUGUAAUAGAAUAUGAAGUCUGGAAUUGUGACGUCACCAACCUUGGCUUUCUUUUUCAACAUUUCUUUGGAUAUUUGGGGUCUCUUCUGACUCCAUAUAUAUUUUAGGAUUAUUUAUUCCAUUUCUUUGAAAAAAAUUAAUGGUAUUUUGAUCGACUCUGCAUUAAGUGUGUAGAUUGCUUUAAAUAGUAUAGACAUUUUCACAAUAUUUGCUCUUCUAAUCCAUUGGGCAUGAAAUGUUUUUCCAUUCUUUGUGUCUUCCUCAAUUUCUUUCAAGAGUACACUUUUCUGAGUACAGAUUCUUUGCCUCUUUCAUUGGGUUUAUUCCUAGGUAUCUUAUGGUUUGGGGAGCAAUUAUAAAUGGGAUCAAGUCUUUAAUUUCUCUUUCUUCUAUCUUGCUGUUGGUGUAAAGAAAUGCAAGUGACUUCUGUGCAUUGAUUUUAUAUCCAGACACUUUAUUCAAUUCCUGUGUGAGUUCUAGCAGUUUUGGAGUGGAGUCUUUUGGGUUUUCCACAUAAAGUAUCAUAUCAUCUGCAAAGAGUGAUAGUUUGACUUUUCCUUUGUCAAUUCAGAUGCCUUUUAUUUAUUUUUGUUGUCUAAUUGCUGAGGCUAGGACUUCUAGUACUAUGUUGAAUAGAAGUGAUAGUGGACAUCCCUGCCAUGUUCCUGACCUUAGAGGGAAAGCUCUCAGUUUUUCCCCAUUGAGAACAAUAUUCACUUUGGGUUUUUCAUACAUGGCUUUGAUGAUAUUGAGGUAUGUGCCCUCUAUCCCUACACCUUAAAGAGGUUUUUUUUUUUUAAGAUUUUAUUUAUUUAUUUGACAGACAGAGAUCACAAGGAGGCAAAGAGACAGGCAGAGAGAGAGGAGGAAGCAGGCUCCCUGCUGAGCAGAGAGCCCGAUGCGGGGCUCGAUCCCAGGACCCUGGGAUCAUGACCUGAGCUGAAGGCAGAGGCUUUAACCCACUGAGCCACCCAGGCGCCCUGACACCUUGAAGAGUUUUGAUCAAGAAAGGAUGCUGUACUUUGUCAAAUUCUUUUUCAGCAUCUAUUGAGAGUAUCAUAUGGUUCUUGUUCUUUCUUUUAUUAAUGUAUUAUAUCACAUUGAUUGAUUUGUGGAUGUUGAACCAACCUUGAAACCCAGGAAUAAAUCCUACUUGGUCAUGGUGAAUAAAUGUAUUGUUGGAUCCUACUGGCUAGUAUUUUGGUGAGACCUUUCGCAUCCAUGUUCACCAAGGAUAUUGUUCUGUAAUUCUCCUUUUUGAGGGGGUCUUUGUCUGGUUUUUGGGAUUAUGGUAAUGCUGGUCUCAUGAAAUGAAUUUGGACGUUUUCCUUCCAUUUCUAUUUUUUGGAACAGUUUCAGGAGAAUAGGUAUUAAUUCUUCUUUAAGUGUUUGGUAGAAUUCCCCUGGGAAGCUAUCUGGCCCUGGGUUCUUGUCUGCUGGGAGAUUUUUAAUGACUCCUUCAAUCUCCUUACUGGUUAUGGGUCUGUUCAGGUUUUCUAUUUCUUCCUGGUUCAGUUUUGGCAGUUUAUAUGUCUCUAGGAAUGCAUCCAUUUCUUCCAGAUUGUCAAAUUUGCUGGGGUAUAGUUGCUCAUAAUAUGUUUUUAUAAUUGUCUGUAUUUCUUUGGUGUUGGUUGUGAUCUCUCCUCUUCCAUUCAUGAUUUUAUUUAUUUGGGUCUUUUCUCUUUUCUUUUUGAUAAGUCUGGCCAGGGGUUUAUCAAUCUUAUUAAUUCUUUCAAAGAACCAGCUCCUAGUUUCAUUGAUUUGUUCUACUGUUCUUUUGGUUUCUAUUUCAUUGGUUUCUUCUCUGUUCUCUAUGAUUUCUCUUCUUCUGCUGGGUUUAGGCUUUCUUUGCUAUUCUUUCUCCUGCUGCUUUAGGUGUAGGGUUAUGUUGUGUACUUGAGACCUUUCUUGUUUCUUGAGAAAGGCUUGUAUCACUAUAUACUUUCCUCUAAGGACCACCUUUGCUGUGUCCUAAAGAUUUUGAAUAGUUAUGUUUUCAUUUUCAUUUGUUUCCAUGAAUUUUUUUUCAAUUCUUUAAUUUCCUGGUUGACCCAUUCAUUCUUUAGUAUGAUGCUUUUUUGCCUCCAUGUAUUUGAGUUCUUUCCAGCUUUCCUCUUGUGAUUGAAUUCUAGCUUCAGAGCAUUGUGGUCUGAAAAUAUGCAGGGAAUGGUCUCAAUCUUUUGGUACUGGUUGAGACUUGAUUUGUGACACAAGAUGUGAUCUAUUCUGGAGAAUGUUCCAUGUGCACUAGAGAAGAAUGUGUAUCUGUUGCUUUGGGCUGGAAUGUUCUGAAUAUAUCUGUGAUGUCCAUCUGGGCCAGUGUGUCAUUUAAAGCCUUUAUUUCCUUGUUAAUCUUUGGCUUGGAUGGUCUGCCCAUUUCAGUGAAUGGGGUGUUGAAGUCUCCAACUAUUAUUGUAUUAUUGUCAAUGUGUUUCUUUGAUUUUGUUAUUAAUUGGUUUAUAUAAAUGGCUGCUCCCAUGUUAGGGGCAUAUAUAUUUAAAAUUGUUAGAUAUUCUUGUUGGACAGACCCUUUGAGUAUGAUAUAGUGUCCUUCCUCAUCUCUUAUUAUAGUCCUUGGCUUAAAAUCUAGUUGAUCUAAUAUGAGAAUUGCCACUCCAACUUUCUUUUGAUGUCCAUUAGCAUAGCAAAUUGUUUCCACACCCUCACUUUAAAUCUGGAAGUAUCUUUGGGUCUCAAAUGUGUUUCUUGUAGACAGCAUAUCAAUGGAUCUUGUUUUUUUAUCCAUUCUGAUACCCUGUGACAUCUACGGCCAUACCACCCUGAAUGUGCCCGAUCUCUUCUGAUACCCUGUGUCUUUUGAUUGGGGGCAUUUAGCCCAUUUACAUUCAGGGCAACUAUUGAGACAUAUGAAUUUAGUGCCAUUGUAUUGCCUGUAAGAUGACUGUUAUUGUAUAUUGUCUCUGUUCCUUUCUGGUCUACUACUUUUAGGCUCUCUCUUUGCUUAGAGGACCUCUUUCAAUAUUUCCUGUAGGGUUGGUUUGGCAUUUGCAAAUUCUUUUAAUUUUUGUUUGUCGUGGAAACUUUUUGUCUCUCCUAUCUUUUCAAAGACAGCCUAGCUGGGUAUAGUAUUCUUGGCUGCAUAUUUUUCUCGUUUAGUGCUCUGAAUAUAUCAUGCCAGUUCUUUCUGGCCUGCCAGGUCUCUGUGGAUAGGUCUGCUGUCAACCCAAUAUUUCUACCAUUGUAUGUUACAGACUUCUUUUCUGAGGUGCUUUCAGGAUUUUCUCUUUGUCACUAACACUUGUAAGUUUUACUAUUAAGUGACAGGGUGUGGAUGUAUUUUAUUGAUUUUGAGGGGCAUUCUCUGUGCCUCCUGGAUUUUGAUGCUUGUUCCCUUUGCCAUAUUAGGGAAAUUGUCUGCUAUAAUUUACUUCAAUACACAUUCUGCCCCUCUCUCUCUUUCUUCUUCUAGGAUCUCAAUUAUUCUAAUAUUUUUUCCUCUUAUGGUAUCAGUUACCUUUCAAAUUCUCCCAUUGUGGUCCAGUAGUUUUUUGUCUCUCUUUUGCUUAGCUUCUUUAUUCUCCAUCAUUUGGUCUUCUUUAUCACUAAUUCUUUAUUCUGCCUCACUUAUCCUAGCAGUAAGAGCCUUCAUUUUUUAAUUGCACCUCAUUAAUAGCUAUUUUUAAAUUCAGCGUGGUUAGAUUUUAGUUCCUUUAUUUCUCCAGAAAGGGCUUUGAUUUCUCCAGACAGCAUUUCUCUAAUAUCUUCCAUGCCUUUUUCAAGCCAGCUAGCACCUUGAGAAUCAUCGUUCUGAACUCUAGUUCUGACAUAUUACCAAUGUCUGUAUUGAUUAGGACCCUAGCCAUUGUUAUUGCCUCUUGUUCUUUUUUUGUGGUGAGUUUUUCCACCUUGUCAUUUUAUCCAGGUAAGAAUAUAUAAGCAAGAGAAUAAAAUACUAAAAGGAUACAAAGACCCCAGAAAAAUGUAUGCUAACCAAAUCAGAAAAGGUGUAAAACUGGGAGGAGAUAAAGGGGGAAAAAAGAAAUAAAAAUAAAAUACAUACAUAUUUUAUAAUUAUAUGUAUAUAUAAAAUUAUAUAUGCAUAUAUAUAAAAUUAGACUGGUGAAUAGAACAUAGCCACCCACUUGAAUUUGCAUAUAUUUAUGCCUCUUAGAAGAAACUACCUCUCAAAAUUUUAAAGAAAGAAAAACUUAUAUGUAUACAAAAAUAAGGGUAAACAUUAUGAAGGGAUAGAAUAUGACUGUAAAGAUAAAAAUUAAAAAAAAAUUCUAAGAAAGGAAUUUGUAAGGUAAUUUGGUUAGAAAAAGAGGAGGGAAUGUGCUCAGACUGGAGACUAGAACAAACCCACGUGCUAGAUUAGGGUAUAUUUUGAUCUAUUAGAAGAAAUUUUACCCCAAAAUUUUUUAGAAAAAAUAAAAUCUAUAUGUACACAUAAAAUAAGGGUAAAUACAAUGAAGGGAUAAAAUAUGACUAUAAUAAUGAAGGUUUAAAAGAUUUAUUUUAGGAAGGUACUGUUAAGAUAAACUAGUUUAAAAAAGUUAAAAGAGGAAAGAGGAAAAUUUUAAAAAAUAGAAUAAGAAAAAAAUAAAAUUUAAAAAAAAAUUUAGCUUUGCAAGACUAAAAGAUCAUGAGGAAAAAGCAAUGAAUUCUAUACUUUGCUCUCCCCUAGCUCUGGAGUUCCACUGUUCUCCUUAAUCCAUGAGCUUGGUCUUGGCUGGAUGUUCUUGCUGAUCUUCUGGCGGAAGGGCCUGUUGCAGUGAUUCUCAAAUGUCUUUGCCCAAAGGGGAAUUGCACCCUUGCCCGGGACUGGGCUAAGUAAUCUGCUUGGGUUCGCUCUUGGAGCUUUUGUUCCCUGAACACUUUCUGUAUCGCUUUGUAGUAUAGUAAUGAAGAUGGAAUCUUCCCAAUCUCUGGCCUGGAGGAUCUGAGAGCUCAGGGCUCCACUGCUCAGUGUGUCCUCAGAGAUAAGCAGUCAAUCACUCCUGUCUCCCUGGUCUCCAACUGCACUCCAAGCUCACCCAGCCUUUGACUGAGCAUUUCUAUCUCUGGUGCAUGGCCCUGUUUGGAGUCUCCAAACCCAGCAGAUUCCUGCCACACUGCUCCUCCUGGAGGAGGAAGGUGAGUCUCCCUGGAACUGCCACUUGUGGGGUCCCUGCUCGAGGAGCAGUGGUCCAAAUAUGCCUUGGAUCAGGGUUUAAGGUAACCCCGAUCUGAAAGCUCACUCCUUGGUUCUGUCUUUGCAGUCAGGUUCCCUAUGCCAAUACCUGGCAGCUCUGCCACACUCAGACACCCCUGAUCUUUCUGUAACCUUGUGGGACCAGAGACCACAAUGUCCCCGUGAGGGUUCCACCCUCACUUAGCCUCUGGAGCAAUGUCCUUUUAGUGGAGCAGACUUCUAAAAGUUCUGAUUUUGUGCUUCAUUGCUCUGCCACUUGCUGGGAGCGCCCCCCACCCCACCCACCCAGGCUAUCUUCCUUUCACUCGGAUUCACUUCUCCCCACAUCCUACCUUUCAGAAAGUGAUCAAUUUUCUGUUCCUAAAAUUGCUACUCUUCUGUCUCCUGUUGAGUUUGUAGGUGUUCAGAAUGGUUUAAUGCCUAUCUGGCUGAACUCCUGGAAUCCAAUGUCAUUUCAGUCUGCUACAUGAUUUUCUAAAACAAACUAACAAACAAGUACGUCUUGCCUCUCCUCCAAAAUGCAGCCUUAUUAAGUGUGAAUUCUGAGACACUAUAAGUUAUAUUAUUAUUUCUGCCUUGAUAUUUAUCAUUACUCAAGAAGACAGAAUAUGCACAUGAAAAGACAAUACUAGGGGCGCCUGGGUGGUUCAGUGGGUUAAAGCCUCUGCCUUCAGCUCAGGUCAUGAUCCCAGGGUCCUGGGAUCGAGCCCUACAUCAGGCUCUCUGCUCAGCAGGGAGCCUGUGUCCUCCCCUCUCUCUGCCUGCCUCUCUGCCUAUUUGUGAUCUCUGUCUGUCAAAUAAAUAAAUAAAUAAAAGGAAGAAAAGAAAAGACAAUACUAGACAGCAAAAAAUGGGUCAAAGAAGAUAUUUAAAUAUUCCUAAGGAAAUUUAGAGAGGGUUCUGGAAUAUUCAAGGAGACAAUAAAAUAACAAGAUCUGAAAUUUGAAAUAUUUAGACAAGUUGUGGGGUAGAAUGGUCUGGAGGAAAAAAAAAAUAUGUCUAGAUUAAGGGAAAUGGUGCAAAGAAAGAUUCCUGGAAUCCUAUAAAAAAUCUGAUAAGAUUGAGGAAGAAUUCUAUCAAAAAUCUGAUAAGAUUUGUUUUAGAGCAAACCCAUCUCCUGUGAGUAGUAUUGGAAUAGUGCUUGUAGGUUUAGAUUAUAUGGAAAUGGUCCAGAACAGCCAACUAUGGGGAAUGUGUCAAUAAGGGAUGAUUGAAAGCGUUUCUGAGUAAGCAGGUGGGCCAGAUUUAAGUUAGAUUUCACAAGUUAGUGGUCAAUCAAAGCAGCAUGAUCUUAUAAAAUUUUCUAAUAGUGCCAAAGAGACAAUUGGGUUGUCUGGAAAAUUCAGAUCAGCAGAGAAGGUGAACACAAAAGGAACACUAAAAUAAGAAAAGGUAACCACUUCUAUUUUUAAUAACAGAAAAAAGGUAAGAAGAAAGCAGAAGAAAACAUAAAGAUGAAAAGAAAUUACUUUCUUUGAGUAGAUAUGAAAAGUUCUCCCUCUGUCAUCAGACACAGAUAACAGGGGUGGCCACAGGAGGAGAGUGGGAAGUGUGUGCAAUGUGGCACAGACAACAUCGAUAGGGCAGACUUCUGUGAGUAGACGAGAUUUCAGGUUGUCUGGUAGCAUUCCUCUCGUUGAAAAUUUGAUGUGGCUGAGCCUCUGGACACCACUUCCUCCUCAUCACCUCCCUGGGUGGAAAAGGAAGAGGGUGUUUUUCUCUUUUGAGGAUCUUACCUUACUGAUAAUAAGGUCCUCUGAGACUGGAAUCUCAUGGAGGCCUUCAACAUUCUGUAGGAGAAAUGUUAGCUCUUAAGAUUGCCCAAGAACUGAUGAAAGUAUUGUGUUUCCAUGGUUAUAGAUGACAGCCUUAUUCCUAGCUGGUCUUUCAUCAGUACAUGCCUGUGUCACAAGAGGGAUAGGAUAAGCAUAUAUGGUUGAAUCACAUCCAAGAAGUUACUGUUUACUGAGGGGAGAAAAGCAGUUAAAGAAUACCAUAUUUACUUAUUUGCUUUAGCUAAAUUAAAGUUAAAAUUAAUAAAAUUAACUCUAACUACAGAGCCUCUAUUUCACUAGGUUGGCAGGAAACUAGUUUAAACAUUGAGUCACUGGUUAUUCCAUCUGCAAAUAUUAAAUUUAUUUAUAUUUUAUUGUUGCAGAAAUGUUUACCUUAUUGUGCAGAUUUAAUUUAAAAUGGCUACUCAAAUAGAACUAAGUUUUUCCAGGAACAUGAUUUUCUAAAACAAACUAACAAACAAGAACAAUAACAACAAAAAAAGCCACAUAAUUAAAUGAAAAUAAAAAAGGCAUACUAUAAGCUUUCUUUUGGUAAAAAAGCAUAGAGAGUUGGGCUUCAUAAUAAAAAUAAAAGAAUUCUGGUAAAUUAAUAACUUUAAAUUAGAAUAAUUCAAGCAAUUUUUUAUCUCCAAUAGCUAUUUUGGGUUUUUUUUAUCUGAUGAUUACCUUGCUUUUACAGAUCAUUGAGAGUAUAAAACUCAAGACCUAAAACAAAAGUAGAUAUUCUUAUUUUUCCCACUAGAAUUAUAGUACUACUUUUCUCAUGCUAUAAAUCUUUAUUGCCUCACAUGUGGAAAAAAUACAAUGGGAAGUAUAGUAAAGAGAUAAAGCCAUUUAUAUUUGGUAUUAGAAUGCAAGUAGAUUUAAAUUACAGUUGUGCUUGAGGUUGGAAUUUAUAUCAAUUUACCAAAACAGUCAAGUUUUCUUUUAUAUAUAAAUUCAUUAAUUUAGUAUGUAUUUAUUAAGUGCCUAUAGUGGUUAUUUUUUUCUCUAAUAUUGUUUUGUGGUAUCUUUUUUUAAUUUAAUUUUUUUUUCAGUGUUCCACACCCAGUGCUCCAUGCAAUAUGUGCCCUCCUUAAUACCCACCACCAGGCUCCCCCAACCCUUUACCCUCCUCCCCUCUAAAACCCUCAGUUUGUUUCUCAGAGUCCACAGUAUCUCAUGGUUUGUCUCCCCCUCCGAUUUCCCCCAACUCACUUCUCUCCAACUCUCAAUGUCCUCCAUGUUAUUCCUUAUGCUCCAAAAGUAGGGGAAACCAUAUGAUAAUUGACUCUCUCUGCUUGACUUAUUUCACUCAGCAUAAUCUCCUCCAGUCCCAUAUAUGUUGAUGCAGAAGUUGGGUAUUCAUCCUUUUUGAUGGAGGCAUAAAAUUCCAUUGUAUAUACGGACCAUAUCUUUAUCCAUUCAUCUGUUGAUGUGCCUAUAGUUAUUAAAAUGCUGGGCAUGAAACGCAAAUUAAAUGAUCACUCUGGGAGUUUAUAGCCUCUACUGGUAUAAGAAAAGGAUAAAAAUUUCAGAUAAAAUGGGCAAGUUGAAGAGAACAAUACAUCAGCUACAGAGAAAUCAGCUGGUUUGGAAUCAGAGGAGGAGGAGGACUAUACUGGAGAGGGCAGUGAAUAGGAAUCAGGAAUAAUCCAUGAUAGAACUGACCAUAAAGUGAAAGGAAAAAGGCCUUAAAUAACCAGACAUAUUUUCUAAAACUAUUAAAUGCUUUCUAACUCAGAAGCUGAUUUGUGGGAUAUUGAUCUUCUAUGCCCUGAGAAUUUCUCUAGAUGUGAUAUGUGUGUGUGCGUGUGUGUGUGUUUGUGUUUGUGUGUGGGUGUGUGUUUAUCUUCUAGGAAUUUCAAUUAUUUUUCUAUUACGCUGUUCAAGAUUUUUCUGAAAUAUUUCCCCCUUAUGUUUUAUGCAUGAUUGUUUGAUCUUCAAAUUAAGACUGACACUCUUCCAAUUGGGACUUCUAAAAUCAACUCUUUCCUCCUUACAUCUUACUAUGUAGACUUUCUUAUAUUCUCUGUGAUUAUAACAAAUAUAAUAAAUAAGUAUAUAUAAAUAAUUAUAUAAUACAUAAGUAAAUAUAAGUAAUAAGAUAAUGUAUCAUGCUGUUGUAGGGAUUAAGAAAACAUUUAUCUAAAUGCACCAACACCAUGAUGAAUAUGAAAACAUUCACUUCACUGUAGUAGUUUCCUUGCUUGCUCAUUCUACCACUGAAUUUUUUUUUUUUUAAGAAGUCACUUAUUCCAAUAUAUUAUUUCUGGGAGCUGAAACACUUGACAUAAAUAAUUUCUUUAUGGCUCAGAAGGGGAAGAAACUCUCUAACAAGGCAUGUUAGAGAGUUAGAUUUGGUUCAUUUCCAUAACAGUAAAAAAAUUCUCUAAUGCUUAGCAAAAAAAAAAAAAAAACCUGCCUUUGCUUUUAAGACACCUAGAUUUUUUUUUUUGCAAUGCAUUUCACAUAGCAUAAAAUUUGCCAUUUAAAAGUAUGAAAUUCAAUAGUUUCUAGUAUUCAUGAAGUUGUGCAACCAUCACCACUGUCUAAUGUCAGAAUAUUUUCAUUACACCAAAUCAAAACCUUGUACUCAUCAGCAGUCACUCUCCACUAUGCCAUUUCUUAGUCUCUGGAAAUCACCAGUCUACUUUCUGUCUCUAUGGGUUUCCCUAUUCUGGCACCCAUUUACCUAUUCAACCUAUUCUUAACAACAAUAACAAAUAACAAAUAGAACAAUUAUAACAAUGUAUUGGAAUAAAAGUUAUGUGAAUGUAGUCUCUCUCUAAAAAUAUCUUAUUGUACUGUACUCAUCCUUCUUCUUAUGGUCAUGUGGGAUGAUGACAUGCCUCUGUGAUGAGAUGAAGUCAGGUGAAUGACAAAGGUAUUGUGGGUUAGACUACUAUUGACCUUCAGAAGGAAGAUCAUCUGUUGCCAGACCACUGUUGGCCACAGGUGACUGAAACCAUGGAAAGCAAAACUGCAGACAAAGAGGGGAUGCUGUAGUGUUUAUUAUGUUGUUGUAUGUACCAGUAGUCCAUUCCUUUUUAUGGGUGGAUAUACCACUUACCAAUUCAUCAGUUGAUGGACAUUUUUUUCUGCCUUUUGUCUAUUAUGAAUAAUGUUGCUAUAAACAUUCAUGUGUGAAUUUUUGUUUGAUCAUAAAUUUUCAGUUCUACUGAAUAUAUACCUAGGUUGGAAUUGCUGGGUCAUAAACUAACUCUAUGUUUAACUUUCUGAGGAACUGUCAAACUGCUUUUCACAGUAAUCACACAUUUUUUUCAACCAAUACCAUUGUUCAAGGAUUCAGAUUUCUCCACAAUCUCACCACACUUGUUACUCUCUAAAUUUUUUUUUUCAUGAAUGUCCCAGUAAGUAUGAGGUGAUAUUUCAUUGUGGUUUCAAGUUUGCAUUUCACUAAUGAUGUUUAUAUUUUCAUGAGCUUAUUGUCCACUUGUAUAUCAUCUUUAGAGAAAUGUAGAUUCAAAUCCUUUGUCAAUUUUUUAACUGGGUUAAAUAGGUUUUUAUUGUUGAGUUGAAGGAGCUCUUUAUAUAUUUGAAACUAACUCCUCAUUAGAUUUAUGAUUUGCAAAUAUUCUCACCGAUUUUGUAGAUUAUCUUUUCACUUUCUUAACAGUGUCUUGAUCCACAAAAAAUUUAAAUUUUGAUGAAGUCCAAUUUACCUCUAUUUUCUUCAGUUGCUUGUGUUUCAUGUCAUAUCUGAAAAAAAACAUGCUUACUCCAAGGUAACAAAGAUUUAGAUGAAUACUUUCUCCUGAGAGUUUUAGACUUUUAGCUACUACAUUAGAACUUUCAUCCAUUUUGAGGUAGAAGUCCAAAUUCAUUCUUUUGCAUAUGGAUAUCCAGUUGUCCCAGUGCCAUUUAUUGAAAGACUAGACAUUCCUUUGUUUAAUGGUUUUAGCACCUUUGUCAAAAACCAACUGACCAAAAAUGUUUAGAUUUAUUUCUGGGCCUUCAAUUCUAUUUCAUUGAUGUAUAUGUCAGUUUUUAUGCCAGUACCACACUGUCUUGAUUAACUUUAUAAUAAAUUUUAACAUCUGGAAGCAUGA